AUGCCCUUCAACUCCAAACCCAGGGUCCUUCUCACUAACGACGAUGGGCCUCCCGACAAUAAAGAAUCACCCUAUGUCCUUGGUCUCUAUAAGCACUUAACGCGCCAUCUCGGCUGGGAUGUCAAGGUCGUCCUUCCCAGCGCCCAGAAAUCCUGGAUCGGCAAGGCGUACCAUAUCAAAGAGGUCACCAGAGGCGGCUAUUUCUACCCUCGAGAAGACGGCACUGGUGAAACUUCGCAGAGAUCAAGGGCGCUUAAAGAUGGAGAAUUGGCGGAAUGGAUACUCUUGGAUGGGCCCACUUCUUUUCUCAUAUUUAUUCAAACGCUCAAUGUCCCCAGAUAUCCGGCCCAAAUUUGGGACGCAAUACCUCCUGCAGCGGCUUUUGCUCUGUCUUCUGGUACCAUUGGCGCCGCGAUGUCAUCAUCCUUGUCAAAGAUGCGGUCUAUCGCCCUUUCAUACGGAACAGUUGUACAUCCAACUCCCACCACAUACUUCGAGCCCGCUCACGAAACCGGGUGCCGUAUCAUCAAUCACCUGUGGAAUAACUGGGGAGAAGACGAGUGCGGCCUGAGAGAUGGCGAAGUUGAUCUCUACAGCAUCAACAUCCCCUUGAUCGAAGACAUCCUCUCCGAAGAAGGCUUGAAAAUAUGCUGGACGAAGAUGUGGCGCAAUUCUUACGGGCGACUCUUUAAGAACAUCGCCAGCGGAAGCAACUCACGCGAUCGCACCGUCAAGGCACCUGGCCCGGAUGUAGCGAGCAGUAAUAGUAAUAUAACCCAGGCUUCCGGCCUAGGGCCAGAAGACGAAGAAACUGGGGAUCUGUUGUUCAAGUGGGCACCUGAGAUGAAGGGCCUCAUUACACCUUCGCUGGAGAUUCUUCCUGUUGGAUCCGACGGAUGGGCAAUAUGCCAAGGAUGGAUCAGUGUGACGCCUUUAAGGGCGAGCUUCGGUGAGCCAAACACUCACGAUGGCCUUGACAGCGAGAAGCUGGUCUGGAAAAUGAAGUUGUAA